AUGGGUGAAUGUCUAAAGUCCAAUAGAUAUGAAAUCACAGAAGUUCUUGGAAGAGGUGUCUUUGGAAGUGUCGUAAAAGCCACGGACUUGGCAGAUCCUGCAAGGAAAUUGGUUGCAAUAAAAAUUAUUCGUCGCAAUAUGCAGGCUUCUGGAUCGAAGGAGUCGGCUUUUCUGCAAAAGAUUUCGGAAUCCUCUCUGCCAGGAAGAAAAUACAUUCUUCUAUCGUUGGACAGAUUUGACCACAAGGGCCACUUGUGUUUGGUUGAAUUUACGAGACUUGUUAAAGAAGGUUGGACAUGGGGUCGGAUUGAGCCUCAAAGCAGUGAGGAUUUACACGCGCCAGCUGCUCCAGGCAUUGCUUGUAUUGCACCAACUUGGGAUAAUCCACUGUGA